AUGCCAACACCAACGCCAACGGUCGACGACCCCUUCUACAACCAGUACAUGGAGGACGUGAUCUUCGAGGGUGGGCAGGGCCGUGCCUACGACCCCAACAAUACCCAAAGUCAGGAUGGCCGCGCCCAGUACGUCCCCGAUGAAGAUGCCGACGACCGUACUGACUACGACCAUGGUGACUCGUGGCAUGAAGACGAUGACAUCUAUGUCGAAGGUGACGGUGAUGAAGAAGAAGGCAAUGACGUUGAUAUUAGUGGCGAGCCAUUGUUCAUCGACGAGCUCACCCAAAGAGCGGAAGCACAAAAGAAGAGGAAGAGCAUUCGCACGGGUUCAUAUACACAAGAUGAGGACAAGUUGAUUUGCCAAGUUUGGAUGGAGAUUAGCCAAGAUCUGAGGACCGGCGCGCAACAAAAGGGCAUUGUUUUUUGGACGAGAGUCCACAAAACAUUCCAUGAAAGGAAGAUGUUUGAGCCCUACCAAAUUACAAGCAACCGUGGCAUCGGCUCGAUUCAAAAGAGGUGGUUGUUCAUCCAACAAGAGUGCAACAAGUAUUGCGCCGCAUUUGAGAGCAUUGAAGCACGGCCCGUGAGUGGUCUCGGCGUUGGGGACAUGGCAUUUCAAUCUUUGGAGGCAUUCAAGGCCCAGCACAAUGACAAGCCAUUCACUCUUACACAUUGUUGGAUGAUAAUCAACAAUUGCCCUAAGUACAAGGACCAAUACCAUGAACUUCAAAGGAAGAGAGGAUUGAAGACGACCAAGUUCGCCGGAGGUGGAGAUAGCGAGGCGUUGAAGAGGCCGAGGGGCAAGACCAACUCCAAGGUUGACGACAUACGUGAUGCCUCAUCCAUGGCAUUGCAUGACACUUUGCACGGCAUGAUGUCUCAAAAGGAUGCUGCUGGCUCUGUUGCCGGCGUGAUGAACUGGGGCCGCUGGCCUGAUGAACUAGGGUUUGACAUUUGA